CCCAGUACCACCCUAUGCUCUCCUCAAGUGAAGGGCUGAACUGAAAAGAGGAACCUAACACGUUCUAAUAAAGAAACCACAGGGAUGACAAAUCUGUCAGACGCAGACGACUUUAUCGACUCGGAGGACUCAUUUGGUGACGGCGACAAGGGAAGCAGUAGGCAGUCUGCUCAAGAGACCGUCUGCGACAAUCGUCAUAACUUCCAUGGAUCUACGGAGGGACCGUAUCCCUCGUCUCAGCCCAGCCCCAGCCAAGCUCAGUCCGCGUCUGCUGCCUCGCCUGGUACCAUGUUCCCACACCGGACACUGCACGGAGCCACCUACCCGGCCCUCGCCAUCACCAGUUCGGGUCACUACAUGGCACACCAUCCUGUGGUCACGCAAGGCUCAUAUAAUAGCCUCUUGACCAAUACGUCACCUCAAGGCUUCCCAGCGCCCGGAUAUUUUUACGCUCAGCCAUACGGGCAUGGCCACCAAGGAGGUGCUUUCCACAAGACCUCAGCAAUGCAAACCGGGAUGGUUUUUGGUAAAGCGCAAGUUUAUCUCUGCAAUAGGGCUCUGUGGCUCACGUUUCACAGGCACCAAACAGAGAUGAUCAUCACUAAACAGGGGCGACGAAUGUUUCCAUUCCUGAGCUUUAAUAUAUCUGGACUUGAUCCGACGGCAAAUUACAAUAUUUUUGUGGACGUCAGUCUCGCGGACCCUAAUCACUGGCGGUUCCAAGGAGGACAGUGGGUACCCUGCGGUAAAGCGGAGUCAAAUGGGACAGGGAACAAGGCCUACAUGCAUCCAGACUCUCCGAACACCGGCGCGCACUGGAUGCGUCAAGAAAUUUCUUUUGGAAAACUGAAGUUGGCAAAUAAUAAAGGGGCAUUGGAAAGUGCAGGGCAGAUGGUUGUCGUUCAGUCCCUCCAUAGGUACCAACCCCGUCUUAAUGUGGUCGAGGUGCACGAGGAUGGGGCCGAGAACGCCAGUCAACCCAGACAGUCAUUUACGUUCCCCGAGACGCAAUUCGUUGCAGUCACAGCAUACCAGAACACAGACAUAACACAGCUGAAAAUAGACCACAAUCCUUUCGCAAAAGGUUUUCGGGACAAUUAUGACAAAAUCUACACAGGCUACGAUAGUGACCGGUUGACGCCAUCGCCGAGUGACUCGACCUACGCCCAGUUUGUGCCCGGUGCCAGAUAUGCACUUGCUAAUUCUUUCCUUCAGCACCAAUUCGUCAGCACUUAUGCCAAGUCCUGUUUCCGCCCUAGCGCAGGAGCUACGUCUGGACUAGACUAUAACGUUCCCUUAACUAACAGCAUGCUGUCACCGCAAACCAGCGAGGAGGACACGAUGGCGGCAUCCCCGAGAUGGUUUGUGACACCGACCAACAACAGACUGGACUAUGCCUCCCGCACAAAUGACGCGACUGGAAACACGGCAACUUUGCUGUCAUAUGCAACAGCUGGAAAGGCACUACAGCUGUCCGCAACGGACAGUUCGGGUAGAGCCCUUACUUAUUACGCAGAACCAACGGAUUUUGCGCCUACCUCACCCCAGUAUUGCGGUGCGUCUAGCCCGGCUCUGUCCUGCUGGACUAAUGGACACGCUAUUGGUACUGCGGACUUUGACGAGGUCCUCUCACUUUCAAAGGAGAGUUUGCCAACGAGUGUCUCUGAAGACGCAAAACCACAAGAUAUCUCGGAGUCUAGUUGGAUAGAGACAUCAUAAACUGAAUUGAAGAGAUAUCCCAUCCUAGGUUAUUGGCACCAGUCUAAAUAGUCAUCUGGACAUCGUUCAUUCGUUUUUUCAUUAGACUGCAUUUUUGGAUUAGCCUACAGUGGGCUGUGGAUAUGACUGAAGUAUUAAAAUGUUAACGACAAAAUGGUCUAUUUAAGCUAUAAUAAUGUAUCUAUAUAACAUUAGCUGUAGUCCCACUCUAGAUGUUUUAAUUGAAUCCUGUUUUCUAAUUUGACUGAUUUGAUUGAUUUUGAUUUGUUGAAUACAUUUCUGGAACGUGUUCAUGUCUUAGCCUGCGUUGAGUUUCCUUGGCAUUAUGUUCUAUUGUGCUGGCUUUAGUAGGCUAUAUAUGAUCCACAAUGUCUUUACUAGCGCAAAAAACAAGGAUCUGAGUUAUAACAACUGUACUAAAAGUAAGUAGCCCAAUGCUUCAAACACAAUGGACAUAUUAAUAAAUCAACGCCCAACGCAAAAAAAAAGGCGAAGAGGGAAUUUGUUGUAGUCUUUGAUAGGAUGUACACUAAUUAAUUAUCUAAAAAUGAAGUAAAAAUAUAAAUUCGAUUAAGAGCAGAUGGAGAAGUUGCAAUUCCUUCUCUCUUUAAAUGUGUUUAUACCAGGUAUGAUGGUUUAUCAGUGCUGUUGCUGCUUUGCUUGCAGAUGCGUGAACAAUGGAACAAACUGAAGAUGAAAGAUAUUCAUAAGAGGACCACAAUGGACAUAAGUAAUCUGAACUUGUUUUUUAAUCCUUGAUAAUGUUUAAUGUGUGUAUUGUUGUACUCACAUAUCUGAUUCAACAUCUGUAUUUUACAUUUGUCAAAUAACUUUAAUUUAUUCGGCGACUAUUGACGUUUUCUUUAAAAAUAAAAUAUUUUUGUGUUAAAGUAACUGCCCAGUGUUUCCAGAUUUCUAU